GCAAUUACUUUUUGGCCAACCCAAUAGUUGAGGGCUUUUCGACUCAAUUUUCCAUAAGAAAUAACGCUGCGGUACUUAGUGGCUGGUGGAUGAUAAGAGAGACACCCUGUAUGUAGCGAGGGUGAAAGUAAAUGUGCAUUAUUAUUAUCGUUACGGACUGAAUUUCAGAUUUCCAUUGCAACUGGAUAACGGGCAGACGGUCGAAUGUACAGUUGCCAAAUACUUUUUAGAUAAGUAUAAGAUGAAGUUGCGUCACCCGCAUCUGCCCUGCCUGCAAGUUGGUCAGGAACACAAGCACACGUAUCUGCCGCUCGAGGUUUGCAAUAUCGUUGCCGGACAACGCUGCAUCAAGAAGCUGACCGAUAUGCAGACUUCGACUAUGAUCAAAGCGACCGCGCGCUCCGCACCGGAUCGUGAACGGGAGAUCAACAAUCUCGUUAGGAGAGCCGACUUUAACAAUGACUCCUACGUACAGGAAUUCGGAUUGACCAUAUCGAAUAGUAUGAUGGAGGUCAGGGGUCGUGUCCUGCCACCGCCCAAACUGCAGUACGGAGGGCGCGUAAGCUCCCUCAGUGGACAGACGAAGCAGCAGGCGAUGCCUAAUCAAGGCGUGUGGGACAUGCGCGGCAAGCAGUUCUUCACCGGCGUGGAGAUCAGGGUGUGGGCGAUCGCUUGCUUCGCGCCGCAGAGAACGGUACGCGAGGAUGCGUUACGUUCGUUCACGACGCAGCUGCAGAAGAUUAGCAACGACGCCGGUAUGCCCAUCAUUGGGCAGCCAUGCUUUUGUAAAUACGCUACCGGGCCGGAUCAGGUCGAGCCCAUGUUCAGAUACCUGAAAUCGACCUUCUCGCAACUGCAGCUAGUCUGCGUCGUGCUGCCGGGGAAAACUCCUGUAUACGCUGAGGUGAAGAGAGUAGGUGACACGUUACUAGGUAUGGCGACUCAGUGCGUACAGGCGAAGAAUGUGAAUAAGACAUCGCCGCAGACGCUGUCCAAUCUCUGUCUUAAGAUAAACGUGAAGCUGGGAGGCAUCAACAGCAUUCUAGUACCUAGCAUAAGACCGAAGGUCUUUAACGAACCAGUCAUAUUUCUUGGAGCUGACGUGACUCAUCCGCCGGCAGGAGAUAACAAGAAACCUAGCAUAGCCGCCGUAGUCGGCAGCAUGGACGCGCAUCCGUCCCGUUACGCGGCGACCGUGCGGGUUCAACAGCACAGACAAGAAAUUAUUCAGGAGCUUAGUUCGAUGGUUAGGGAAUUAUUAAUAAUGUUUUACAAAAGUACGGGCGGUUAUAAACCGCACAGAAUAAUUUUAUAUCGCGACGGCGUCUCUGAGGGGCAGUUUCUUCAAGUCCUGCAGCACGAGUUGGUUGCCAUUCGCGAGGCCUGCCUCAAGCUCGAGUUUGAAUACAGACCUGGCAUAACGUUCAUCGUAGUGCAGAAGCGACACCACACACGCUUGUUCUGCGCGGAUAAGAAGGAGCAGAGCGGGAAGAGUGGGAAUAUACCAGCGGGCACGACGGUCGACGUGUGCAUAACGCAUCCGACGGAAUUCGACUUUUACCUGUGCAGUCACCAGGGUAUCCAGGGCACGUCGCGACCCUCGCACUACCAUGUUCUCUGGGACGAUAACCACUUCGAGAGCGACGAGCUGCAGUGUCUCACUUAUCAGCUGUGUCACACUUACGUCAGAUGCACGAGAUCCGUUAGCAUACCGGCGCCAGCGUACUAUGCUCAUCUUGUGGCCUUCCGAGCUAGAUAUCAUUUGGUCGAGAAGGAGCACGACAGCGGUGAAGGGUCCCAUCAGUCGGGCUGCAGCGAGGACAGAACACCGGGCGCAAUGGCACGUGCGAUCACGGUCCACGCCGACACGAAACGGGUCAUGUAUUUCGCGUAAUUCCUCUCGCGUUAACGUCUCGGAUCGAGUCGCGCGGAUGAUCCGCGCCUCGCAAGUUGCGCUCGGACGGCGGUGGAAGGCGACUUCACUUCGCGCAGUACAGGAAAUUUGUAACAGCAAAUGAGAUAGGCUUCGUUCACAUGCAACGUGGGACUAUCGAUUCUUGGACUACAUUAAUUAAAAGCUAGGUCAAUUCUCUCGAGUAGUCGAUUCUUACGAUUAACUUUUUUUUCUUUUCCCCUCAUCUUUUUAAAAAUCUGUUUGUUUUUCCUUUUUAAAUCGGAGCUUUUUAACGUCUACGCUUAUAUUACAUUUCAUAUUGUACAUCUACGAUUUUGUGUGUCACGCGACGGGCGCCAAAAGUUUUCUACCAAUUUUACGAUCGUUUUGUAUAGAGUAGGAUUUUACGAGGGGUGCUUUUAAUUUACUUUUAGUUUUGCACUGUUCACUGUCGGGGCGAGUUGACGCGCAUCUGAGAGACGCUGUCGAGGGAUAUAGGUCGAGAGCUAUAUUUAUAAAUGGACGUACCAUUUCACGCGUGUACUUUGUAUACAUACAUUUCCCCUCUACUCCUUUGAGAGGUAUCUCUCGGAUGGGCACUGCCCGCAACUCAUGCGCGCGUUACAGCAGGAAAGAAAUGUUUGUUCGCGAAAAAUUAGGCUAAAGGAACUUUUCGUUGCAGAAAUUAGAAACUAAGUUAGACUGCUGACUUCUCAAGCUAACAAUCAACGUCCAGAGGUGGAUUUUUGUUGGCACAAACUUUGUCCGAAACACGAACACGAUGAGACACUAGUGUGGUAUAUUACGCUUAUUUUUCGGGGGAGAUUAGAAUUUUCCCCCAGCAUUUUGCGUGCAAGAGAAGAUACGGGAAAUAUGAAAUCACAUGACGUCAUAAUUAUAUAAAUCGCCGUUUCGCGAGACUGUUAUAUUGUUGCAUGUGUAUAGUUUUCAUUUCGCGCGGAAUCGAGCCUCCGCGGCUCGACUCCGCGUAGAUCAUGUGUAAAUUUUUAGAUCUCUUCAUGAUACAGAAAUUGGCACGAAUGAUCGACGGUGACGCGGACCGCGGUCACAAUCUGCUGAAUCAUGUCGUGUUAUCUUUUAUACGACGUAUUUUAAUCGAAUAAUCCUGCGAAACUCUCUCUCGCGCACUCCAAAGUAAUCUUGGGAUAAAUAAUCUUGGAAGAACCGAUUGAGCAACACCAAUCCGUAUGUAAAUUUUGGCUAAUUGUAAGCAGCAUAGUGGAUAAUAGAAGAUAACGGGGACAUAAUCCUCGUACUCGAAGACAAUUUGUGUAGCGAAAGUAGGCGAGGAGUGUGUUAUGUAGAGCACGUUAUUUAUGACUUCCGUCGUAAUUUAAGGCUUGAAACAUGAUGUAACAUAAUUUAACUAAUUCUCGUUAUAUAUAUAUAUAUAUAUAUAUAUUUUAGCGUCUUUAACCGUUAGGAUAACGCGUUCAAUUUCACUUUUAACUCUUUUUCUCUCUCAUUAAAUCAUUAUUGUCUGCACACAGCUAGCUCAUAAUCUAUGCUUACUUUAGCUAUCAGUGACACAGUGUUUGAGACGGUAGGAUUAAAAUACAACUCUAAGGAUACCACUUUAUCUGUGUUAAAUGCCGGGGAUGAAAGUAAAUGGAUAUCCGUGUUCUAGUAUUCGCAAUGAGCCGGGGGUGUUAUUAUCUCUCAUUCAGACGAAAGACGGCUAUGAAUAAGUCAAGUAUAUGCGUGGCAUUAGACAUGGGCUGAUGAGACAGGGCCUCGUCAGAGUGUGUGUGCGCAAAGAAAAAGAAUUCAAAGUGCGCGAAGGAGAAGCAAGAGGAAAAUAAUCACGCCGACGCGAAAUCAACGUAAAAACGAUUUAAUCAGAAAAAUUAACUAGAUUUUAAGAGAGAACGAUAUACCGGAUUAAUUGAGUAAGAGUAUUGUAAGAAUAUUUAGUUGUAAGAUAGCGAGGGAGAGAGAGAGAGAGAGAUAUCUAUCUUUCAAUCGUGCAGUAAGAGAGAGUAGCUGCGAUUUUUGCUUGGUUACGCCAAAACUUUAGAAACUUCGUGUUUUUACUCUAACGAUCGCGAUCCUUGUGCUGCAAAUCUAUUUCAACAAUCCUUUGGAACAAUAAUACAAUAAGCGAGCCUUAGAAGUAAUAUAUGUAAUCCAGCCUAAGGGGAUAAGAUAUUGAUAGGGAUCCUAUUAUAUACAGAUCCGAGUAUAUGCCGAUAGAAGUCCUGUUAAUAGAAUAUGAUGCACGAUGCGAUGUUAAAUUAUUGUGUAUUGUUAGAAUCAUUAAUAUGUCCAAGAUCUUUUUUAUUUUUCAUAAUAAGCGCCGGCUCUCGCGUCGCUCUCGCGUUUCUGUUGCGAUCAGUUGCGAUUCCAACGGUUUGUGUAAAUCAGUAUUAACGAUAAUAAUUAUCAUCUUAUUGAGAGAAGAUAUUCUUGGGGAAAAAAUCGAUUUGUUGAACCACCGACGAUAUAUCAAGGUUUCGAGAAGUUUGCGGAAAUGCUAUGCUAUCAACUGUAUUAAUGAUUCUAAUGUUAGCUGUACAACGGGUAUAAUGUUAAUAUUAUAUCGGAAAGUAUGAAGAUUGACUUUAAUUUGUGAGUAAUAUUUAUUCUAGUUGUUAAUGUGAAAAACCUGGAAAUUUAAAGCCAAGUCGAUCAUUCUCGAUCCGUGCUGGACGCAAUCAGUCGCCACGCCGGGUUCUCUGGUCCUCGCCAGAGUGUUUAUGGCGUUUACUCUCCACGCCGGCGCGAUCGAGCGAAUGUCCGCUGAUAACUAUAACGGCUUUCAUUAUCUAUAGUCCGCUCCGAAACACCAUAGGCAUAAGUCAUAGCCGAGAGAUAGCCAGGACAAGUGAUGAGUGAUAAAGCAAAAUUACUGGAGAAAUAUCGAAAAAGUAUAAAAUAAGAAGAAGAAGAAGAAGGAAAAACAGAAAAAGUUAUUUGCGCUGUUGAAUGAAUACAUAGGCACCAAAUGCGAGAUGCA